GUGAACUAUUUCAUUGUCGUCCGAGGCGCGUUUGAAUUUUCAUUAAGUUAAAGGCAUUCUACCAACUGCAAAUGUGUUGGUACUCCAAAAGAAAAUUUAGAUAAUCGACUUAAAAAGAUAGAUAGAUUAAAUAAAAAUAAAAUAAACGAACUGUGAUUUCAAUAAAACAAACUAAAAUAAAAUUCUAAUUAUAAGAUUUUCCUUAAUUCUACUGUAAAAAAAAAAUAAAAAAAAUGGGUUGCGCCAGCAGUACCCCGAUGAUUGCCACAGCUGGGAGUGAUAUGUUGAAAGCAGCGACACAUGCUGCCUCCGAUGCAGCCAAGGGAGCUGAGCAUGCAGUGGAAGAGGUAACCGAAACCGUUGGCAAAACACUGGAGAACGCCAAGGAGACGGUUGGCACCGCCGUCACAGGUAUCGCGCACGAUCUGGGCAAUGUCUUCACCGAGAAGUCAGGCGAAUUGGACACAGCGAAAAACCAACUCUUGGAACGACUGCAUUUGGGUGGCGCCACUAAGGCUCUGGAGCAUGCAAAUGAGUCGGCGGCCAAUCAUUUGGACACGACAGCUUUGGAGAUGGCCGCACGCGCACCCACACCGCCGCCCGAUUUGGAUAGUUUGAAGACAUCAACACCCGAACCAGAAAUAGAACGUGCAUUGGCCAAUUCGCACGAGGAUAUGCCGCCAACACCGAAACCGACAAUUGCCGAGCUGGAAAAGUUAACAGCGGAAGUGAAGCAGACGACACAGACAACAACUGCGUUGGCGGCGACCGUCACCAAUGGCGUUGCCGAGGCUAAAGAGUCGGCGGAGCUGACAACUGGAACAACUGCGGCCACUGAACCGGCCGUGGACAUGGUUGCCCUGCUGGCGGCGGAGAAACGGCCGGGCACCACCGAGUGGGAGAAGCACGCCGAUCAUCUGUCGAAAACCCGCAAAAUGAAUGAAUUCAAAGGUGGCGGAAAAUUUCGACGCUUUGGGCCACCAACGCAACCGGCGAACUAUCCUACUAAACCUAUAGAAAAUCUGAGGCGAACGCUGCUGGAGGACGACAGCUGUUACAGUGACGCUUAUUAUAAUAGUAACAGCAGUCCGCAGCAUUCGACGGCGUCCGAUAGUCCGAGGUUACGACGUGCACGCUUACCCACAAAUGGCGUACUUGCUGCGAACGCUAAGCGUAUGCAGCGCGAGUUCGCUACUUUUGUUAGUAACCGGCGUAAUGUAACUAGCGCAUUACGUCAUACGGUUUCACCCGCCAUUAGUCGUCACUUCGAUUAUAAUCCACAACGUCCGCGUAUCAGUUCACCUACACCUUCGGUUAUUGGUUAUACACGUUCUGGCUACUCAACGCCUGUUAUUAUGCAUCCUGAAAUAUUGCCCAAUCAACGUAGUGCCAGUUGGAAAAGAGGUGCUUCGAGUUUCCGUUUGCAUUCGCCUCCAUCACAUAUGGGGCGGGUGCUACCGCGUGUUAUUGCACCGUUAGAUCCACAGUUGGCUGCAAAUGUCAUCUCGCAGUCGAAGCUAAAGUCAACGAAAGCUUUUGCGUCGCUGAGAGGUGAGACGAAUGGACGAUCAAGAAUAUUCGGACAAACACGCUCCGGUUCACCCGUGAAUAGAAGAGUAUUCGCGAGAAGAUCAGGUUCGCCUCCUGCGAGUAAGGGUCGCGUUCCAUAUGUCAGAUCUGGUUCGCCGGAAAGAAUAAAAGCGCUUAUACAGGAUAAGGUGGAGAGAAAAAAUAAAGUAAAACCCUUAACGGAAACUCCGACUAAAAUCAGAUUAGAGCGGAAAGCCAGUGUAAAAGGAAGUAAAGAGAUUGAUACAAAAGAGCUGCCUACAAAUGGAUUUUCAUUAGCGAAGGCGCUAUCGCCCAUUAAAAUGGCCGCAGAGACGCAUUCGUUGCCACAUUUGAAAAGUGACGAAAAAAGCACAACAUUUGUGGCACAUUCCCUGAUGGAGGUUGUUGAGCAAGCUGUUGAACGUUCAAAAAAUGGUGGAGAUACCUCAGAUGCGAAGGAUGGUAAGGAAAAUGCACAGAAUGGAGAAACGUUGAAGAUCAAGAAGGAGACACCUGUUAAGCACGAAAGACAGAAAGAAACACCUGCAAAGUCACCAAAGACAAAAGAGAAAAACGGCGGAAAGAAAAGUCUCAACGGGAAGAGUGUAAAUAUUACUGAAAACGAAAAAUCACCAAACAAAGAGCAUAUUAAGAGAGGAAAUAAGUCCAAUAUGUGGCUUGAAAAUAAGGAUACUUCGAACACGAACACAGGCUCCAGUCGUGGUAAGAAACCGGUCCCUAGUCUUGUGCGGCGAAGCUCAAAGAGCAGUUCAACUUUCGAUGCCAACAAGCUUACUAUUCAACCCUCUCCUUCGAGACAGAAGAGUAGGAGUCCAAAAAAUACAGAAAAAGAUACCCAAAUUGAAAAUUUAGCUAUUGGUGGUCGUUUCAGUAUGAGUCCAAAUAAAAAAACUUCGGCUCAUCAUGAGAAAUCACAUAUUUUGUGGGAAAAUACCAGUCCCGGACGAAAAGAUCUAUCAAGUAGCCGCAGUCGUACGUUAGAAAGCAACUUAAACACAAAAGAGGGUUCUACUCAAAGUCUUGGAAAAGUAGAUCACACUAGUCCAAAUUCAAAACGAAGAGACUAUGGGGGAAAUAGUCUUACAGAAAAUCGGUCUCCCAUCAAUAAUAGAGUAAGGGUAAAUAGUUCACGUGGAAAUCAUAUUACUCAGGAGUCAAAAACAGUCAACAAUAAUGACCGCUAUUCCAACAAAAAUAAUUGGAACAGUUCCAGCAGAAGAAAUAGUAAAGUGGAAUAUACAAAUAUUAGUAACAGGUUUGAAUAUAAUGCAACCCUGAGUUCUUUACCGAGGGAAAAAAAUCGAAGCCCCAGAAAAUAUAACACUCCGAGCCUCUACCACGAAAAAAAGGGUCCGGAAGAAGUGGAGAAAAAUAAUUAUAUUUCGCAAAUAAACGGGGAGGCGAAUAAUCCGGUGAAAAAUGCACCCGGCGACGAAUCUCUUCGAGGUACACAAUUUAACCUUAAUUUUGCCAAUAAGGGAUACCAUGAUGAGCAGAGUUCUCUAAUUUCUAAAGAAAAUUUAAAUAAUAUUGAAAAUAUCAAAUAUCGCUCAGAAGGUAUAAAUGGCCCACAACGGGAAGUUCACAUAAACACACCUAUAAUCAGUAGGAAUAGUCCAUUAGCCAAACCAAUAAAUAGCCACGAACGGAACAAUAAUGAACACAAGUCAAAUCACUUAACAAAUCAAAUUCACAAUCUAAAAAAAACUCUUCAAGCGAUUGACAAUCUCAGCACAAAUCAAACGAAUAAUGAAGAAAAUAUACGAAAUAAAGAAACUCCAACGCACCCAUCUACAAACAGUCCAAUAAAACAAAUAAAGGAUAUCACUUUGUAUUCUCCGAGUCAUAACUCGCACAAUAGUUCGCCUUCGAAAUCGUCAAAGUCUUCCAGCAGCAUUGUCAUACGCACGAAUCUUUCUACACCCGAAACCGAAGACUGCGAUGAGGAGGUCCUGAAUCGUCAAUUAUCGCAAGAACUUGAACAACUCAAACACUACGACAGCGAAACACGAGACGAACGGAACUUCUUGCGACACGCUAGCAUAGAGGAAGAUUCACAAACCGAUUUGGAAGAAUAUUCUCCUAUCGAUCAUGAGGAGAGUUCUCGCACCGAUUACGAAGAAGCGCUACACACCGACGCUGACGUGAGCUCACAUACAGAUGUUGAUAAUAAUUCAGCUGCCUCGACGAGCACUGAAGAUCUAAUUAAUACACUAUCUCCACAAACUGCCUACCUCAAUUUGGGUCGGAGCGCUACAACGCUGCCGCUAAAACCCAAAACUUCUAUACUCAAACCACCGUCAUCUCUUUUUCACAGCCCGUCACAUACUAGUUCAUCCUACCGACGAUAUUCGUCGUCGUAUGAAAGUGAUCAGUUGGAGAAAGUGCUCUUUAUCGGCGAGCUUAGCUCAGUGGCGCGUAGUCGGUCAGCGCAUGUGCUGAGCCCUGCCGUAAAGAUCGAUCGCUGUGAUGUGUGCCACAACAAUUAUGUGAUAAAGUAGCUAAACUGUAACAAAAGCCUUGACCUAAAU